GAAAAAGUGAUCCGAAUGCACCACCCUUAGAGAAUUGGAAUUGGGAACUUGAUAACUUGAGAACGUGAAUAGGAGGAGGAUAGGUAUAGAUUAGGUUGAAAGAUAGAUAGACAGAUAGAUAGAUAUAAUAAUACUCUGAAUAAAUGAAUAAUUCAAACCAGCACGCAUACUGAUACAUUCAUCAAAUACUCUUUCCAAUAUUGUUAUUUGAAAAUUCAAGGACAACUCGGAGAGAUAUUAUUAUUAUUAUUAUUUGAAUGGGAUAAAGAUAGCAGUAUUUGAGAUUGGAGGUUAUAAAUUUUUGAUUUUUGGGGGUUUAUUUUUGAUUAUUGAUUUGAAUAAAGAAUUUGAAAGUAGUACGUACUGAUUCUUUGGUACACUGGGGGGGGGGGGUUUCUUUUUCUUCUUCGUUUAAAGUGUGUAUGGAGGGGAGGUUAUCAGGUCAGGAAACUUCACACUUCGCAGCGCGGGAAAACCUCGUGCCGAGAAAUUCGUCUCCCAUACCAUAGGUUAACCUUAACCUUAACCUUAACGCAAAUUACUGUAUCUUCAAUUCACAUCGCACAAUCCACUUCAUCCCCCCCCUCCAAAAAGGAUUGACUUCACGCUAUGAAAUAUUCUGAAAUUAUCAUCGACUGCGGAAUAUGGUCUAGACCUAGUUCAUUCCCUCGUGGCUAAGUGGCCUUGUGUACGGCCUGCUUCGAGUGGCAGUCGCGGAUCGUGAGGGAUGGAUGGAUGGAUGGAUGGAUGGAUGGAAUAGUUUUGAAGAUUUUCAGUGUGAUGUUUGGGAAGAGUACAGUGUUGUCUGUUCUCUGUUCACCGCGAUAUUUCGAUUCGGUACUUCUUCCAUUGAAGAUUAUUCAUGUGUAUAGAGAAACAAAUAAAUAAACAAACAAACAAACAUGCGAUCGUGGGUCUCGAAAUUCAUUGACGAGCGAAAACAAACUUUACCGCGCGCCAAGCUGAGUGCCGACCUCGAUUCAACCAUAACACGACCUUCAUAUUGGGGCGCUGCCGUCAAAUUCCUUGUUGGCUUGUAGAUUUUUUUUUUUGUGUGUGUCUCCACUCGGGAGGAAAUCGUGUAAGUGAGUUUCCGGUUCUAUUCAAUGUUUCUUAUGUUGGGUUUGCUUGUUGUUGGGCAAGUAUGCACUCUGAGGUUAGAUUUCUGUUUCUCUUUCUUUUCCUUCUGGUACUUCUUGUGUGACUUUUCUGUACAUUUGCGAUAUAUAUUUGAUUUCGAGGAUCUUUAAUAUGGAUAGAUCUAGGGGACGGGGGAGGCCAUUACCCGCUGAAGAUAGAAGAAAGGUUCCAGGCCCAGCAGGGACUAGGGAGAAUAUGCCUAUAGGUGUUGGUAAUCCAAGUCGUGAUCCUCGUGGACGGAUGGCAGAUCAGCGAACGAGACACGCAGACAAGAGGCAAGACGGGGAUAGAUAUCGGACUCGCAGCAAGCAAUUCUUCACCAAAGGUCGUGUGUUCAGCACGGUAUCGGAAAAUGGAGAUGGAUUAUCGAAUCAAAAAUUUCUUGUCAUAAGGGAACUCCAGGAAAGUCCGGAUGAUGCUGGAACUCAUUGUACAUGUCUCUCAGUGACGUCUUUGAGAAAAGACUUGGACUUGUCAGAAUGUGGGCUCCUUCAUGUCAGCUCAACUCAACCUCCAUCGAUAAGGGGAGUAAAAUUUAAACCCAUCCAAGUCGAUAUUGCGAGUGAUGCUCGAUUUGAUGCGCCCAUGUUGGUUAAUUACAUCCAGUUGUUCAAUGUGGAUACUAACUCGGAGGUGAACGAUAUUGGGAAACUACGAUCAGACUCUAUACAAGAUUUGAUGGAUAAUUUCAAAGAUUCCUUGUUUGAUUCGCCACAAGACAGAGAUGGGAGAAAUAAUAAGCACGGGAGAAGAAAAGGCAGGGGUGAAGAUGAGAGCUCACGCAAACCACAGAAUGGACAUAGAGAGCCUAAUAACCCUCAUUCAAAAGCACCAACAGCAUCCAACACGCGUUCUGCGCCCCCAAAUGCAUCUAGUUCUAGCUCUGUACCCAAUGGCGUGGAAGCUACCAGUAGGAGACCCAAAUUACGUAACUUGGAAGUAUCGGAAGAUGCCAAACGGCAAAAGCCAAAGGGGUCAUCUCACAAUUAUGAUGGGUUGGAAGAUGAUCCAAACUCCCCGACGAAAGCAAGGGAAGCAGAAACCAGGCGGUUACAGGAUGCUGGGAAUAAUCAACGAAGGGGUGGUCCUCUACCGGUCGACCAGCUUCGUGGUAACAAAGAUCGCCAUGAGAGAGAUAACCCUGCAAGACGAGGAGAAGAAGGGGAAAUGCCAAAGAGAUCUUCACGUGCGGAUAUGGAACACGGUAGGGGAGAUGAACGGACAGGUAGACCAGGGAUAAGUUCGUUACCACAUUCGCCUACGAAGCGAAAUAUGAAUCAUCGCAAGGAUGGCGACGGUAUCUCAAAAGCUUCUACGACUGGUGUCCCCGUUCCGAUUCCAAUGGGUGAUUCGUCGGAUAGAGGGAAGCAACGGGAUAGAAAUAAUCCAGGGGCCCCACGGGAGAAUCCAUCAUCGCGCAAAGAAGAUGCUCUUAGAAAAAAUGAUAACCUACGAAAAGACGAUGAUCAGCCUGGAAAUCCUCGAUCUCGUCCUCGAUCCCCUGACAGAGCAUUUAGAGAUGGGGGACAAGAGUACGGUUCAGAUUGGGAAGGAAAUGAUCCCGUUGAUGGACGACGUGGGCAAAAAGGAAGAGGUGCGCCACAGGAUGCAAGAAAUCUUCCACCGCCAACAGGGCGACGAGACGAUCCAACCGAUGGAACUUCUAGACGUGGUAUUCCUCCUGAUGAAAUUCGUGGUCGUCCUGGAGAUCCCAGAAAUGAGCGUUCCAUGCCAGGUAUUGACGUUAGAGGACGCCCGCUAGAUAGAACAGGACAUGAUCCCCGUGCCAUGUCCACCGAAACGAGUUUGCCAGGCAGAUCUCGACCCAACGGAUUACCUGGGCGCGACGGAAAAAUAAAUCCUGCCACUGGCGGUAGACUACCUGGUCGAGCACCUGAUCCUAGAUCCAUGUCAAAUUUUCCCCCAUCAUCUCGCUCAAAUGGACGGGAUCCUCAAUCGAAUCCAGGUGAUCGCCGUCAGAUGCGACCUCCAGGAAAUGGUGCUCCUGAUCGCUCAGAUCCCAGAUCAAGCAAUCGUCGUUCCAUAUCUCCACGGCGUGCUCCACCUCCAACUGGUUAUUCAAGACAGUUAGGAGGUGACGCACCGUCUAGAUCUCAACCACCGCCUUCUUCGCGUGGUAGAGGACCGCCAUCAUCAGGCGAUAGAGGAACCCCUGGGAGAGGAUCAUCUCCGUUGGGUGGUAGAGGAACACCUGGUAGAGAUAAUUCUCCUAGAAGAGAUUUACCACCGCUGAGUACUCCUGGUGGUAGAUCCCCGGGUGGCGGUCGAUCACCUAUGAGUGGUUCGUCGCCUAUGAGUGGUUCGUCGCCUAUGGGUGGUUCGUCGCCUAUGGGUGGUUCGUCGCCUAUGUCGAGAGGAUCUCCGGGUGGCGGAUACUCUGGUGGCAGUUCUCCAAUGAGUGGCAGUUCUCCUAUGAGUGGCAGUUCUUCAAUGGGUGGCGGUUCUCCCAUGGGUAGUCGUUCCCCUAUGCGUGGUUUAUCGCCCGUGUCGAGAAGACCUCCUGGUGGUAGACCUUCUGGUGGUAGAUCACAUAUGCGUGGUUCAUCACCUAUGUCGAGAAGACCUCCUGGUGGCAGACCUUCUGGUGGUAGAUCACAUAUACGUGGUUCAUCACCCAUGUCGAGAAGACCUCCUGGUGGUAGAUCGUCCGGUCCAUCAUCGCCUAUGUCAGGUGCGUCUUCAGUCAUGUCGCCCGGAGGAUCUCCUGGAGGCUCCCCUAUUGAUUCACCAAGCGGCUCAUCAGGAUCACCUGGAGGCUCACCUGGAAGCUCUCCUAUCAACUCACCAGGCGGCUCAUUAGGAUCUCCUGGGGGAUCACCUAUGGAAUCGCCUAGCCGGUCUCUGGGUAGCCGUCCGGAUUCUCCAUUGGACUCUCCAGUGGCUUCUCCAACAGGAUCUGAGAUGGAAUCUUCGAUAGGAUCACGAAGAGGUUCUACGGCAAGUGGAUCUUCUGCUGGUUCACCUCAAGAACGAUCUCCAACGGGAAGUUCUUCAUAUCGCUCACCAUUGGGCAGUGGACCUCCAAGUCCUGCAAUGUCCGGGAGGUCACGAUCACUAAGCCCUUCACCUCGCGGAAGCCUUCAAUCUGGUAGAUAUUCUCCAGGGCCGGGAUCCCCCAGGAGCCCUGGCUCUGAAGCUAGCCCUGGACCUGGUAAUGAAGGUGUCAGAAGAAGAAGCCCAAAAGGAAAGUCUAGAGGGCCUGCAAAUAAGGGACAACCACCUUCGAGUGGCGCUGAUAAUGAAGAGGCAAACUUAGUUGAUGAUGAUGAUGGAUGCGGAUGCUGUGAAAACGGCUUUCUUGCUUGGUGGAAGAGUGUUACAGAUUGGUGGAAUGGUGUUGGACAAGAAGAAUGGAUUCAGAUGGAAGAUCAGAAAAAUAAUGGGAAACAAAAUUCUGAACCGGAUCAAGACCAAGAUCUAGAAAAUGAAGAUUCAAAAUCAGUUACCAGUGGCGCAGAUCCUGGUAGUCCUUCAUCGAAGAAGGAUCCAUUCGAAGAUGGACAAGAUGACGAAAGCACUGCGGUUGGUUCGGAUGAGGGAAAUAGUGGUGAUGAUGAUACUGAUAGUGAAAGUGAGGAUGAAAGUGGUUCUGAUCAAGAUGGUUCCGAUCAAGAAGACUCUGAUGCUGAUGCUCGCUCGAAUUCAGAUGCAGAAUCCUAUCAGGAAAGUGAAGAUGAAACGGAGCUCGAUAAUUCUUCCGCCGCAGGUUCGAGGCGCUCAUCUACAGCAGUAGCUUCUGAGCUUGGUCAUCAAGACUCUGUUCACCAACCUGCCGAUAAUCAUUCUCAAAAUCCACCGGAUAUUGAGAAUCCUGCAAAUAACCAGUAUAUGGAAACUCCACAGGAUUCUUACAGCUAUCUUCCCAAUGACGAUCGCUCUUACAUGGGUCAACAAAAUUACGCACUUCCAAGUGGUCACCCAACCAAUCCAAGUGACAUGCCACCUCAAGAACUAGAUAGUGCAUAUCCAGUCGGCCAUUCCGCCAAAUCCACUGUAACAACCUUUCCCCCCAUCCCCGAAGAUGCAGCAGAACUAGCAACAGACAAUAGUGAGCCUCCAAACCCACCACCCUAUGCUCCCGUCCCCUCAACACCUCAACAACUUUCGCGACCUCGCUCUACUCGCUUCGAACUUGCUUGUGAACGUGAUCCAGUAGAAUUAGAAGUCCCUCUUACAACAACUACACGUGGAAAAUCUGAACUUUUCCUUCCACCAAGUUUGACGCCUGGUGUGGCUACUGCUCCCCAUAGUGCUUUUUCGCAAUUCUCAGCGAGAGUUGGUUCUAGAACACCUUCUCCAUUUCAUAAUCCUCCUAUGCCUCAAAUUCAAAGCUCUUGGGCUCCUCCACAACAGCAACAACAAUUCCCACCUUAUCAACCACAAGCUGCUAUUGGUCCUUCGCAACAACAAUCGCAACCUCAAGCUCAAUCUCAACCACAUUUACGAUCCGGAAUGAAUUAUGCGCCACAAGUUCCACAAGCCCCGCCUCCUACUUAUCCGGGUGCUCAGAGAUAUGAUGCGAGAGGGAACCAAUUUCAUGAGCAAGCCAUGAGACAACCCUCUCCACAUCAGCAGCAGGUUAGGGGUACCCCACCUCCUGUAGUACCGGUGAGGAGUGGAAUGAGACUGCCUAGUUUCCCACCGCCGUUGAAUUCCGCGAGAAAUGUGGGCGAGACUGGGAUAAGUUCUGGACAGGGUGGAAGAGAUGCACGAGUAGAGAAUGGGAAGCGAGGAGGUCAAGUUCCGAGAGACAAAGAUUCGAAAUCCCAAGGUCCAAAUCGAGGACAUCAGGAACCAAGAAAUCAAGGUCCAUCGUCUAGAAAUCAAAAACAACAAUAUGCGGAAAGUGAAUCAGAUUCACAGUCAGGUUCUGACUCGGAAUCAGAACCAGACUCAGAUUCGGAUGAUGAAUCAGGAAGUGAUGAUGAAUAUGGACAUAAUCGUCAAAGAGGUAUGCAUGAGGAAAUUGAUAGUGAUGAUGACAGUGAUAUUGAUAGUGGAUUUGGAACUUAUGAUGAUGAUUUACUUGGAAGAGAGGAUGACAUGCAAUCGAACUAUGGGGGUCCAGGGCCUCAAGGUCCGACUGGGAUGGAUCCUAGAGCGGGCACAGGAAACAUGCAAGUUCCUCCCCCUUCCGUGCAGGCAUCUGCUCCUGGAACUGUAGCAGCCCCAGCUCAAGCCCAUAUGAAUGCUAGAGGAGUAGCAGAAUUUAAUUAUGCGGCGCCAAAUCCUUACAUGGGGCAACAUCAGAUGCAAAUGCACAUGCCCCCGGAUCAAAACCAAUAUCAAAAUAGGCAACCUCAGAUUCCUGAGCCGGCAGCUGUACCGCAUAUACAGACGCAGAAUCCAUAUCAAAGACCAGGUAAAAUACAACAUAGUUAUCACAUGCCACCACAAGCUCCGGGAUAUAAUCAACAUAGUACACCGAAUGAUAUGUAUAACAAUUCUUACGGACGUCCUGAGGAACAACAGCGACAACAACAGCAGCAGCAGCAACAACAACAACAACAACAACAACAACAACAAGAACAACCAAAACAACCAAAACAACAGCAACCAGCGCCUCGCGCACUUCAACAAUCACAGAAAUUAGCCGAUAUACCAGAACAAUCUCGAAAACAUAAGCCUGAGACCCAAAAAUCUCAGCCACACAAAGUAGUGAAAGAAAGCAAAAAAGAUGUUCGCGGAGAGAAAAGACCAAAUGAGAAGAACAAUAAUGUCCAGAAACCUCUUGAGAACAAAUCGCGUAGGAAAGAACAACCUCCUGUACCUAUGAGUCCGGCAGAAUCAGCUUAUCCUCAAACUACUGAUGGAAUGAGCCCGAGUCCGUCAAGACAGUCACCUUUUGAGCAGGAAAAGGAGCAAGAGAUAAUGAGUGGGGAUGACGAUAGCGAAAGUGAAAGUGGUAGCGAUGAUGAGUCUGAACCGGAAGAUCUAGAGUCUGAUCCUGACUCUGAUGAUGAAGAAAGCGACGAGGAAGUAGGUGAAGAUGGAGAGAUGGAGAGUGAUACUGAAAGCUCAGCGCCUCCGUCUCCAUCUCCGGUCCAGGAAAAGAAAGAGAGAAAGAGAAGGGGAGAGGGCGAUAAGAGUAGAGGUGGAAGAGGAACAGAAAAAGGAAAGGGAAAGGAGAGAUCGGGAGGAGGGAACCAGGAUAGAAGGGGCGAAAGAGGCGGAAGAGAAAGAAACGGGAGAGGGAAAGAUAGAAGAGGGAGGGGGAGAGAAGAAGGUGAUGUUGGGGGGAAGUUGAAGAAAACUUGGGAUUUUUUGAAGAAGUUGGAUUAUCAUGAGAAGUGAAAGGGAGAGAUUUGGCAUGUUUGAUGUGCAUGUUGGGUUGGAUGAAUCUUGUAAUUUUUGUUUCUGUAAAUGAUGUAAUAUACCUUUUGUAUGGCUCUUUUGUUAUAUAAAAUUGCAUUUCCAAUGAGAUUCACACUAUAUAUAGACCUCAAAUCUACACUUCUGGAACAAUCAGUUGAGGAGAAAAUAUAACCGGUCAGCGUCUUUCUAGUCCA